CUAGUCUGUGUGACUCAACAGUAGCGGAGAUGAGGCGAGUGAUGCUCGAGAUCACAUGACCAGAGCCGGCGGCACGGGCACAGCAGCUGCUGGAAGGCGGCGAGCCUCUCUCGCUAUGGAGCAUCCCGAGUGCCAACACUGCUGCUGCUGCUGCGCUCUCUGACUGGACGGUCGCACCCCGACACGUACCGAAGGGACAGCAUUGCAAAGUCACAGGUUAUGCCACCCCACAGGUUCACUGGAAACCCAACAGUAAAAGAGAAGGGCUGAUUCUUGCCCCCUUCCCCCAAAACUCCACACUUCUUUUGGUGUUCUCCAUCCAAUCAUGGCUGCUGGUGGAGAUGGGAGUGACAAUUUUACUGCUGUGGAUCAGGUUCUUGCUGAUGGCGAUAAAGACUCCCUAAAAGGGCAAGAAGAAGUUUGGGAAAAAGCCUUGUCUGUGGAAAGAUUUGGAGAUCUUAUUUCUGAAUCCUCCUCCCGAAAUGCUGAGAAUAUGGGGCGCAACUACAACGAGAAGGACUUUGAGUAUCAUCGCCACACUUCUCAUCACACCCACCAUCCCCUGUCAACCCAUCUUCCUCCAACCUUGAGAUUUCGAAAGCGAAUGUUUCACUUUGACAGGCGUAAGAAAAAGAAACGGAAGAAAAAAAAGACUUCAGUUCCACCCUCUGAUGUUACACCCACCAUCCAAGAAGUAGAUGAAGAGGAGGCAGAGUCAGAGGUAGAUGGGCAGGGUCGAGGGAUUGAUCCCAGCCCAGAACUCACAGAGAAACCAAAGUUCAGCAUUGGCAAUGAAGACGAUUUUGUCCAAGCUCCGGCCCUUGAGACCUUCCACCUGGAGAAUGAGUCCACUCCUUCUGCUGAGUUUCCUGUAACUGCCAGCACUCAUAAGGAUGAAUUUGACAUUUUUGAAAGAAGUGAAGAUUUGAGCCGAUUUUCAUCUGAUUUUACCACAAGAAGCUGGUUUAGGAGGAAGCCUCUUCAUCGGUUUACCAGUAACCAGAGAGCCAGCUAUGACCUGAGGGAACGAAUUUGCAUUGGAAGUAUGACAGCAAUGGAGACCGCUGUCUACCAGAAAGUCCCUACAGAUGAAGCAGAAGCCCAGAUGCUGGCCAGUGCUGACCUUGAUGACAUGAAAAGUCAUAGAUUUGAAGAUAACCCUGGAGUUCGAAGGCACCUAGUAAAAAAAUCUUCACGCAGCCAGAUCACGCGAUCCAUUAAGAAAACCUCACCAGUCAAUUCUAGCAUUAAGAAAAAAAAGAAGACAGACCGAAAACCUCAUGAGGUGUUUGUUGAACUGAAUGAGCUUAUUUUGGAUAAGAACCAAGAGAUGUGCUGGAAGGAGACAGCUCGCUGGAUCAAGUUUGAAGAGGAUGUUGAAGAGGAGACAGAUCGCUGGGGAAAACCCCAUGUAGCUUCCCUGACAUUUAGAAGCCUGUUGGAACUUAGAAGGGCAAUCACCCACGGUGCUGUUCUUCUUGACCUGGAGCAAACCACAUUGCCUGGAAUAGCCCAUCUUGUGGUUGAGACAAUGAUCAUUUCAGACCAGAUCAAAGCAGACGACAGAGCCAAUGUAUUAAGAGUUUUGCUAAUGAAACACAGUCAUCCUAAUGAUGAGAAGGAAGCUUUUUUCCCACGAAAUCAUUCUGCCACCAGCAUGACCUCCAUUUUAGCUAGCCACCACCUAAACCACAAUCAUGCAAUGGAGACCUGCUUGCCUUUAGUGGGAGAAGAGAGGAUUGAACUACACGACACUAAGUCACAGGAAUCUGAAAAGGAGAAAUGUACACAUCACCAUAAUGCAGAAGGACAUCGAAACAGAUCUAUAAAGCUCUUGGAAAAGAUUCCAGACGAUGCUGAAGCUACUGUUGUGUUAGUUGGUUGUGUGGAGUUCUUGGAGCAGCCAGCAAUGGCAUUAGUGAGACUCAGUGAAGCUGUUCUCCUUGAGUCUGUCCUGGAGGUGCCAGUUCCAGUGAGGUUUAUUUUUGUGUUGUUGGGACCAAGCCAGUCAAAUAUAGACUACCAUGAGAUUGGCCGCUCCAUCGCAACACUUAUGUCUGAUAAGCACUUCCAUGAAGUUGCUUAUUCAGCUGAUGAUCGCCAGGACUUACUGAAUGCCAUCAAUGAGUUCCUAGACUGUAGCAUCGUUAUUCCACCACUGGAAGUGGAUGGGAAGGACUUGUUGAAGUCAGUUGCCUCCUUUCAGAAAGAAAUGCUGCGCAAGAGGAAGGAAAGAGAAAAUAAGAAGGCAACAAUUGUGGGCCUGGAACCUGAAAUCAAAGAUAUCAAUGAAGAGGAGCAAAAAGAGGAAGUUGAAGAUGACCCCCUGAAAAGAUCAGGGAUUCCCUUUUGGGGGCUGGUCCAGGAUGUGAAGCGACGGUACCCCCAGUAUAUGAGUGAUAUUCGAGACGCUCUGCACACACAGUGUCUGGCUGCCAUUGUCUUCAUUUACUUUGCUGCACUCUCUCCAACUAUCACAUUUGGAGGGCUGCUAGGUGAGAAGACCAAUGGAAUGAUGGGAGUCAAAGAGCUCAUUAUUUCAACAUCUGCAAUAGGGGUUCUGUUUUCACUCCUUGCCGCCCAGCCACUGCUCAUUAUUGGAUUUUCAGGGCCUCUCCUGGUAUUUGAAGAAGCUUUUUACAAGUUUUGUCAAUCACAAGGAUUCGAGUAUCUGACAGGCCGUGUCUGGAUUGGAUUCUGGUUGAUCAUCAUCGUCUUCAUCAUAGUGGCAGCAGAGGGAAGCUUUAUGGUGCGGUACAUCUCAGCGUUCACCCAGGAAAUCUUUGCUUUUCUGAUUUCUCUCAUCUUCAUCUAUGAAACCUUCUAUAAACUAUUCCAGGUUUUUAAUGAACACCCUUUGUUGAAAUCCUAUCCUCCAAACUCACAAGGCCAAGGGAACAUCAAUCUCUCACAGGUGGCCCAGACAGCCGAGUCAUCUUUGGUGAUGCAGCCCAACACAGCCCUGCUGUCCCUUGUGCUCAUGCUGGGAACCUUUUUCAUUGCAUUUUUUCUAAGAAAGUUCAGAAACAGCAGGUUCCUUGGUGGAAAGGCUAGAAGAAUAAUUGGAGACUUUGGAAUUCCAAUUUCAUUACUUGUGACAGUAUUUGUAGACUAUUCUAUCACAGAUACAUAUACACAGAAGUUAAAUGUUCCCACUGGAUUUUCAGUAACAUCACCAAGUAAGCGAGACUGGUUCAUCCACCCUAUGGGCAACAGACAGCCAUUCCCAAUCUGGAUGAUGUUUGCCUCAGCAAUUCCAGCACUUUUAGUGUUUAUUCUCAUCUUCAUUGAAACCCAGAUCACUACCCUCAUAGUCAGCAAGAAGGAAAGAAAAUUGGUGAAGGGGUCUGGAUUUCAUUUGGACUUACUUUUGAUCGUGACGCUUGGAGCCAUUUGUCCUCUUUUUGGCCUGCCAUGGUUAACUGCUGCCACAGUUCGCUCAGUCACUCAUGUCAAUGCCUUGACUGUCAUGAGCAAAGCAACUGCCCCAGGAGAAAAGCCCAAAAUCAGGGAAGUCAAAGAACAGAGAGUUACAGGAAUGAUGGUAUCUGUCUUAGUGGGUUGCUCAAUGGUUAUGACAGAUGUUUUACAAUUAAUUCCCCUGGCUGUCCUUUUUGGAAUAUUUUUGUACAUGGGAAUAACAUCUCUCAGUGGAAUCCAGCUGUAUGAAAGACUGCUUCUUAUGUUCACUCCAUCAAAGCAUCACCCUGACCACAUUUAUGUUACUAAGGUAAAAACAUGGCGUAUGAACCUAUUUACCUGCAUACAGCUGUUCUGCAUUGUCAUUCUUUGGAUAGUGAAAUCGACUGUGGCUUCGUUGGCCUUCCCAUUUAUCCUCCUCAUGACUGUACCUCUGCGCAGAUUCAUUUUACCACGCAUUUUUGAAGACCGGGAGCUAAAAGCAUUGGAUUUUGAUGAUGCUUCUCCAAACUUUGAUGAAGAUGGCCAAGAUGAAUAUAAUGAACUACACAUGCCAGUGUAAAGUGCAGAACAACUCAAAGCAGACUGAGAACCACCAGCAGACAUCAAAGAAGAUGUCUUUUUUAAUGUUAAACAUUAGGAAAAAUGUAUAUGUAUUAAUGCAUGUAUGCAUAUUUUUGCACAUGUAGAAAAAAAAUUGAAAAGAUGCAUACAUGUGAGAAUUCAUAAGGAUUUAAGUAAUGCAUGAGCAAUCCCCAUUUAUUUGUAAACUUUAGGUUAUGACUGAAAAUGUAUGGAAUCUGAAAGGUAUGAAGUUUACAUAAGCCAAACUUGUAGUAAGUAAAGACCCGGUCUCUCCAUUAAAGAAAAGAUGUCAUAAAAUGACAGUGGGCACAAGUGCAAUACAAAACUUACAGAUUACGUGUGGAUCUGCUUUCAGCUCAUUCACUACAUGUAAGAGAUAUUAUGCUGCUUAAAAAAAAUAAAACGAAAGAUGGAUAAAUAUUCAUAAAAAUGAUACAGCAAGGCUUUUAAAGCAAUUUAUAUGUUAGAGAAAGUGCAUAAUUAUUUUGGUAAUACUUUGUUUUAAUUGUCUAAUAUAAUCAUAUAAUGGAAAUGACAUAAGCUAAUUUCAGUUCUCUUAAAUUAAUUUAUUUAAGCUAUUUUACUAUGUUAAAUGUAGAUUUGUAAAAAUGACACCUUUGAAUUUAACAACGGUAGCAAACAAUUUGUGAUUUUAUAAACUUGAGGCUGCAGGAUUGUGCUGUAGUUUCUCAGUUGUGUAUUUAACACUUUAAGGAGAUGGAUCCCAAUUAGGGAAACUUUGAGCUUGUUUUAGCACUCCCUGUCUGAGUACAUAAAUGAAGUGUUAAUCACUUACAAUAUAUAUAUAUUUAUUUUUUUUAAGAUGUCAUUUGUAGUUUAUUGUGGCACUCCUACAGACAUGGUGAUUUCCCAAUCGCCGUGAAUAAAGUUAUUCAUUUUCUCAGUAAUUAUGGAGUUAAUAUUGAACUUCAAAACAAUCAUUCAGUGAAGUUUAAGAAUUAAAAAAAAAUAAAUGCAUCAUUGUAUAAUUUA